CCGCGCACAGCUGGGACGUGGGCCGGGGACCUGAGGGCUCAGUUGGGAGCCGGCGGUGGACGCGCCCGCGGAGGCCUCCUCCGCUGCAGUCCACGAGUGCCCACGUCUGUCCGCGUCGUCUGCCAUGGCCGUGCGCCCAACGCGCCGCUGCCUGCUGGCGCUCUUGCUAUGCUUCGCCUGGGGGGCUAUGGCGGUGGUCGCCUCGAAGCCUGGGGCAGGCUGCCCAAGCCGCUGCCUGUGCUUCCGUACCACCGUGCGCUGCAUGCAUCUGUUGCUGGAGGCCGUGCCCGCCGUGGCGCCACAGACCUCCAUCCUAGAUCUUCGGUUCAACAGAAUCAGAGAGAUCCAACCUGGGGCAUUCCGGAGGCUGAGGAACUUAAACACACUGCUUCUCAACAAUAACCAGAUCAAGAGGAUUCCCAGUGGUGCAUUUGAGGACCUGGAGAACUUAAAAUACCUCUAUUUGUACAAGAAUGAGAUCCAGUCAAUUGACAGGCAAGCAUUUAAGGGACUUGCCUCUCUAGAGCAACUGUACCUGCACUUUAAUCAUAUAGAAACUCUGGACCCAGAAUCCUUCCAGCACCUGCCGAAGCUGGAGAGACUAUUUUUACAUAACAACCGGAUCACACACCUAGUUCCUGGGACAUUCAGCCACUUGGAGUCCAUGAAACGGCUGCGAUUGGACUCAAAUGCACUUCACUGUGACUGCGAAAUCCUGUGGCUGGCAGAUCUGCUGAAGACCUACGCCCAGUCUGGGAACGCGCAGGCAGCAGCCACCUGCGAGUAUCCUAGACGCAUCCAAGGACGCUCUGUGGCUACCAUCACCCCAGAAGAGCUCAACUGUGAAAGGCCCCGGAUCACGUCAGAGCCGCAGGAUGCAGAUGUCACUUCGGGGAACACUGUGUACUUCACCUGCAGGGCUGAGGGCAACCCCAAACCUGAGAUCAUCUGGCUUCGAAACAAUAACGAGCUGAGCAUGAAGACAGAUUCUCGCUUAAACCUGCUGGAUGACGGCACACUGAUGAUCCAGAACACACAGGAGGCAGACGAGGGCAUCUACCAGUGCAUGGCCAAAAAUGUGGCUGGAGAGGCAAAAACUCAUGAGGUGACCCUCAGGUACCUGGGGUCUCCAGCCCGGCCCACAUUUGUAAUCCAGCCGCAGAACACAGAGGUACUGGUGGGUGAGAGUGUCACUCUGGAGUGCAGUGCCACAGGCCAUCCUCUGCCACAGAUCACCUGGACAAGAGGUGACCAGACACCCUUGCCAAUUGACCCUCGAGUGAAUAUCACUCCCUCUGGAGGACUGUACAUACAGAACGUUGCCCAGAGUGACAGCGGGGAGUACACCUGCUUUGCAUCUAACAGUGUGGACAGCAUCCAAGCCACGGCCUUCAUCAUUGUACAAGCCCUACCUCAGUUCACUGUGACCCCUCAAAGCAGAGUGGUCAUCGAAGGACAGACUGUGGAUUUCCAGUGUGAGGCUAAGGGCUACCCUCAGCCAGUUAUCGCCUGGACCAAGGGAGGGAGCCAGCUCUCAGUGGACAGGCGGCACCUGGUGCUGUCCUCGGGAACACUCAGGAUCUCUGGGGUUGCCCUUCAUGACCAGGGCCAGUAUGAGUGCCAGGCCGUCAACAUCAUCGGCUCCCAGAAGGUCGUGGCCCACCUGACGGUACAGCCCAGAGUCACCCCAGUGUUUGCCAGCAUCCCCAGUGACAUGACUGUAGAGGUGGGCACCAAUGUGCAGCUGCCCUGUAGCUCCCAGGGGGAACCGGAGCCAGCCAUCACCUGGAACAAGGAUGGUGUUCAGGUAACAGAAAGUGGAAAGUUCCACAUCAGCCCUGAAGGAUUCUUGACCAUCAACGACGUUGGCACUGCUGACGCAGGUCGCUAUGAGUGUGUAGCUCGGAACACGAUUGGAUAUGCCUCGGUCAGCGUGGUACUCAGUGUGAACGUCCCUGAUGUAAGUCGAAAUGGGGAUCCUUAUGUUGCUACGUCUAUCGUUGAAGCCAUUGCGACUGUUGACAGAGCCAUUAACUCGACACGGACACACUUGUUUGACAGCCGUCCUCGUUCUCCAAAUGACCUCCUGGCCCUGUUCCGGUACCCGCGGGACCCAUACACGGUGGGACAAGCCAGGGCAGGAGAGAUAUUCGAGCGGACCCUGCAGCUGAUCCAGGAGCAUGUCCGGCAUGGCUUGAUGGUGGACUUAAAUGGGACAAGUUACCACUACAACGAUCUGGUGUCCCCGCAGUACCUGAGCCUCAUCGCCAACCUGUCAGGCUGCACUGCACACCGUCGCGUGAACAAUUGCUCAGAUAUGUGCUUCCACCAGAAGUAUAGGACACAUGACGGCACAUGCAACAACCUGCAGCACCCCAUGUGGGGGGCCUCGCUGACUGCCUUCGAGCGCCUGCUGAAGGCUGUCUAUGAGAAUGGGUUCAACACACCCCGUGGCAUCAACCCCCAGCGUCAGUACAAUGGGCAUGUCCUUCCCAUGCCCCGUCUAGUGUCCACCACACUGAUCGGGACAGAGGUCAUCACCCCUGAUGAGCAGUUUACACACAUGCUGAUGCAGUGGGGCCAGUUCCUUGACCACGACCUCGACUCUACAGUCGUGGCCCUGAGCCAGGCCCGCUUCUCCGAUGGGCAGCAUUGUAGCUCUGUAUGCAGCAAUGACCCUCCCUGUUUCUCCGUCAUGAUCCCCCCCAACGAUACCCGGGUACGGAGUGGGGCCCGCUGCAUGUUCUUUGUGCGGUCAAGCCCCGUGUGUGGCAGCGGCAUGACAUCCCUGCUCAUGAACUCUGUGUACCCUCGAGAGCAGAUCAACCAGCUCACCUCCUACAUUGAUGCCUCCAAUGUGUAUGGCAGCACAGACCAUGAAGCCCGCAGCAUCCGGGACCUGGCCAGCCACCGUGGCCUGCUGCGUCAGGGUAUCGUGCAGAGGUCUGGCAAGCCCCUGCUUCCCUUCGCCACAGGGCCACCCACUGAGUGCAUGCGUGACGAGAAUGAGAGCCCAAUACCGUGCUUUCUAGCUGGGGACCACCGUGCCAACGAGCAGCUGGGCCUGACCAGCAUGCAUACCUUGUGGUUCCGGGAGCACAACCGCAUUGCAGCAGAGCUGCUGAAGCUGAACCCGCACUGGGAUGGGGACACUGUCUACCACGAGACCCGCAAGAUCGUGGGGGCAGAGAUACAGCACAUCACCUACCGGCACUGGCUACCCAAGAUCCUGGGGGAGGUGGGCAUGAAGAUGCUGGGCGAGUACCGAGGCUACGAUCCCAGUGUCAAUGCUGGCAUCUUUAAUGCCUUUGCCACUGCAGCCUUCAGGUUUGGCCACACUCUGAUCAACCCUCUGCUCUACCGGCUGAAUGAGAACUUUGAGCCCAUCCCACAGGGCCACGUGCCCCUGCACAAAGCCUUCUUCUCGCCCUUCCGAAUUGUCAAUGAGGGGGGCAUCGACCCACUUCUCCGCGGGCUGUUUGGAGUGGCGGGGAAGAUGCGUAUUCCCUCCCAGUUGCUGAACACAGAGCUCACAGAGAGGCUGUUCUCAAUGGCUCACACAGUGGCUCUUGACCUGGCUGCCAUCAAUAUCCAACGAGGCCGGGACCAUGGCAUUCCACCAUACCAUGACUACAGGGUCUACUGCAACUUGUCAGCUGCUUAUACCUUUGAGGACCUGAAAAAUGAGAUCAAGAGCCCUGUGAUCCGGGAGAAACUGCAGAGGCUGUAUGGCUCGACCCUCAACAUCGAUCUGUUCCCAGCCCUCAUGGUAGAAGACCUGGUUCCUGGCAGCCGCUUGGGACCCACACUCAUGUGCCUGCUCAGCACACAGUUCCGACGCCUGAGGGAUGGAGACAGGUUGUGGUAUGAGAACCCAGGUGUGUUCUCCCCAGCCCAGCUGACUCAGCUCAAGCAGACAUCUUUGGCGAGGAUCCUUUGUGACAACUCGGACAACAUCACCCGUGUGCAGCAGGACGUGUUCAGGGUGGCAGAGUUCCCACAUGGUUAUGGCAGCUGCGAGGACAUCCCCAGAGUGGACCUGCGAGUGUGGCAGGACUGCUGUGAAGACUGUAGGACCAGGGGACAGUUCAAUGCCUUCUCCUAUCAUUUCCGGGGAAGACGGUCUCUAGAGUUCAGCUACAAGGAGGAUAAGCCCACAAAGAGAGCACGGCGGCGGAAGGCUCUGAGUGUGAAACAUAGCAAACAUCUUAGCAACGCCACAUCGGCCACCCAUGAACACUUGGAAGGGCUGGCAACUAAUGAUUUCAAGAAGUUUGUUCUGGAAAUGCAAAAAAUCAUCACAGACCUCAGAAAACAGAUAACCAGCCUGGAGUCCCGGCUCAGUACCACAGACUGUGUGGAUGACAGUGGCGAAUCCCACGGCAACAACACCAAGUGGAAAAAAGAUGCGUGCACAGUUUGUGAGUGCAAAAAUGGCCAGGUCACCUGCUUUGUGGAAGCUUGCCAGCCUGCAACCUGCCCAGAGCCUGUGAAAGUCGAUGGCGUAUGCUGUCCCGUCUGCUCAAGGAACACUGCAGAGGAAAAGCCUUAGUGUUCUUGGGCUGCGCUCCUCGAAUCUGGUCCACGGAAUCCUUGUGAGCUUAGAUGACAGCGUGGGGAGCUUCAGACCACAGCACAAGCUGGGAUCCCAGACAUUUCAGGACCCUCCCUGUGCCACUGCAGAAGCAGCUUCCGACCCUGUGUUUGUAGAAGGAAAUUGAGCAGGCAGGAGUGGGUGCAGGCUAUGGUCCUCACUUCAUGUAAGACUUCUCAGGUUUUUAUUUAAGUAUUUUUUUAAUGGAAAAAAUUGGUGCUACUAUUCAAUCACACAGUUAAGACUUGGGUUUCUAAAUUGCUUCUGCCUGAAGAAGCCACUUCUGUUUAAAUGAGGCAGGAGUCCUUUGACAGGCUUCAUUUAAGCAGAAGCACCUGGCAAACGGAGCAGGAUCCUGUAAAAUAACAUCCUGGGCCACAAUCCCCACAGGGAGACUAGGGGACAGGGAGGGUGGCUUCCUCCCACCACUCCUUCGUGUCUGCCAUCUUCACCUCCACCUCCAGGGCUCGUCAGCAUCUGAUCACAAUAACCAUGCAUCCUGCAUCCUGAGGCCACAUCCCCCCUUCUAUACACAGCUGUCACAUUAUGAAACCACAUUAGAAAUAAUCUUGUUUCCACUUAGAACGUGUGUAAAUACUGCCUUGCUGUAGCCUGAAUGUGAAAGCCUUUGGUCCCAUACCAUGUCCAGUGACUGAACAGCCCCUUGCGUUGGUAGGAUGGUCUGCAGCCACCACCUGCCUUGGUUCCUGACCAUAGUGUAGGGAGGGUCAUUCGCUCUCCAGGUCCUUUCAAUAAGAGACAGGCAGGCAGAGCCUGAAUGUCAGGAAAUCAUAUUGUGUGAAUGCUUUAAAGGAAAAAUAAUGUCUGUACCUCAUAUUUUUUAUUGCAUGAAGUUUUAUAAAAAUUUUCCCAUUUUUAGAUGUUAGAAAAAUUAUUUCCACUAUGCAAAAGAUUUUUUUUAAUUCAGUGAAAAGCAACUAUUAUACCUCAUAAACUCUUGUUUUUAAUUGACCAAAAUAUUUCAUUCUAUUCUCACAAGGUUCUGAGGACUCUUCCUUGAACAAGCAAGUCUUACCCUAUAUACACUGAUGUGCCCAGCACUGUAUGCCAGCCAUUGUAGGUAUAUCAAGAGGGUCAUCUGCCCAAGGGAUGGGGAGGAAGACCUCAAGGACACAGAUGAGUCAGUGCCAGUUGGAGAAAGGCGAGCUAAUAUCUUUAUAGGGGAACCAUGGUCAGGCAGGGAAAUGGUCAGCUCUU